CAGCAGCAGGAGGAAGGAGGAAGGAGGAAGGAGGAAGGAGGAGAAGGAGCAGCAGCAGUCAACAUGAGGCCGAUUUUGAUGAAAGGCCACGAGAGGCCACUAACGUUUUUGAGGUACAACCGGGAGGGAGAUCUGCUCUUCUCCUGCGCCAAGGACCACACACCCAACGUUUGGUUUGCCGACAACGGAGAGAGGCUCGGUACUUAUCGUGGGCACAAUGGCGCCGUCUGGUGUUGCGAUGUCUCCCGGGAUUCUAUGCGUUUAAUCACGGCGAGCGCAGAUCAGACCGUGAAGCUAUGGAAUGUGCAGGAUGGAGUUCAGCUUUAUUCUUUUAAUUUUGACUCUCCAGCUAAAUCUGUGGACUUCUCAGUUGGCGACAAACUUGUUGUAGUCACGACUGAUCCAUUCAUGGGCUUGCCAUCCACCAUUCAAGUGAAGCGAAUUGCCAGGGAUCCAAAUGAACAAACUACUGAAUCGGUCCUCACGAUUAAGGGGCCUGUGGGACGUAUAAAUAGGGCUGUGUGGGGACCGCUAAACAAGACUAUAAUUAGUGCCGGUGAAGAUACAGUGAUCCGUGUAUGGGAUACUGAGACUGGCAAACUGCUGAAGGAGGUAGACAAAGAAAUUGGUCAUCAGAAAACGAUUACCUCCCUAUCUAAAUCUGCAGAUGGCUCUCAUUUUCUAACAGGUUCAUCAGAUAAGUCUGCCAAGCUCUGGGAUGCAAGAACUUUGACUCUUCUCAAGACGUAUGUGACAGAACGUCCAGUGAAUGCUUGUGCAGUAUCUCCACUUCUUGAUCAUGUGGUUAUUGGAGGAGGCCAAGAAGCAGUACAUGUCACUACCACUGACCGCCGUGCAGGAAAAUUUGAGGCCAAAUUCUUUCACAAGAAUCUUCAAGAAGAAAUUGGUGGCGUGAAAGGACACUUUGGACCAAUAAAUGCUCUGGCUUUCAACCCUGAUGGGAGAAGUUUCUCGAGUGGAGGUGAAGAUGGUUACGUGAGACUGCAUCACUUUGACCCAGAUUACUUCAGUAUCAGAAUGUGAAUAUAGUAUACGAGGCUGCUUUAUUGUGGCUCAUUGGUUUAUGAGGAGGAACCGGGAAGAGUUUCAGUUGGCUGCGCUCCGAGUGAUUCCGAUAGGAUAAUACUUCUUUGCAAGAGGACUAUCUAUCAUUUAUUUUGCUCUUGUUAUAUUAUGUCUUUGAUUAGAAGUUAAUGUCAGUAUUUUGAAAUUUCACAUCAUAUCAAUUGAUUUGAAAAUGAAUUUAUUGACCUUGUAUUUUUUUUUUUAAAGAAAAUCAUAUUUUGUGGACUUGAGUUUACU